AGAAGCAAAAGCGUAAUAAAAAUCCAUUCUAUUCUAUCUACAUCUUCUACUAGCUGCUUUAAACACCAUGAAAUUAAUUGAUCAAUCAAUUGCUUGACCUCCUUAUACAACCAUGGCAGCAUUAAUACAAAUUUCCAUCAGCUUCUCGCAUGCUCGCCCUCUCCAUCCAUACCCUUAUUCAGCCAAGAAACUUGGUUUGAAUAAGUUAAUUUUUUUACGACCCCUCAAUUAUCGUUCGUCAUCAAGAACAAAGAUUGAAUCUUUUCACAAAGACUGUUUCAAGGCGGGUGUUUCUAGGGAAAAUUGGCCGUUUCUUGGAGUGGGCAAAGGCAAAGAUGGAGUUCCAGUGGGUAGGGACAAGAGGGUGGUCUUGGUGAAGUUUCGUAACGGCUUUAAUGGUCUCGGCGGCGGCGGCGGCGGUGGUGGAAGAGUUAGCGGUGAAACGGCAAGGACUGUGGGAAAUUUGGCUUUGGCAAUUUUACUCACUUAUCUUUCAAUGACUGGGCAGCUGGGCUGGCUUCUCGAUGCUAUUGUUUCCCUUUGGCUUCUUGCAGUGCUUGUGCCGAUUGUGGGCAUUGGGGCUUUUCUGUGGUGGGCAGGCCGAGAUAUUCUCCAAAGCAAUUGCCCAAACUGUGGAAAUGAAUUCCAAGUAUUCAAAUCUACUUUGACCGAUGAGCUGCAGUUGUGUCCAUUCUGUAGUCAGCCGUUUUCAGUCGAGGGUGAUGAGUUUGUCCCGGAACCAGUGAAGUUUUCCAACCAAUCCACAAUAUUUGAUCAACCAUUUGGCGACUUCAAUCCCCGUACGAAGAAAGGAAAAAGUUCAUCUGUUUCUGUAGUGGAUAUUGAAGCAGAUGUAAGAGAUGCAGAGUGAAUUAGCUUGUCUAAAACAGAUACUAGGCUCGUAUUAAUGGAACAGACACGCUCUUAUGGCGAGGGUUAACACAGACCUGACCCCCUUUGCGUUGGAAGUGAAGAUGCUCCGUGCUGUAUAUAAUACUCCUACAUGAAUAUAUUAAACAGUUUGAUUGUAUAUUGUAUUUUGUGAUUCGUCAGUUGCUAGAGUUGGAUUUUGUCUGUGUAUCUCAUUGAAUUCAAGUAUGAAGUAUGGUGGUUGAAUGCAUACAUACAUAUGUUUUGUUUUAGUA